AUGAUCCUCGGGGACCUGGAGCGUAACUGCUCGGAGUGUUCCGCAUGGCCCCACACACCGACAUCUGCAAACUCGCCACCCCCUCGCACGCCUCCGCAAGAUUCAACAAGCGGCACAUGGUCAGCAUGGGAUCUCUCCCCGCGCGGGUGGGGGGAGGUGCAGUCGGAGCUUCGCGCGGAAACGCCGUCAACUGGCCAGGGGCACGGCCAAACGGGAAUUGCGGAGCGGAGAAGCCCGGGGCCUGUCGAGGGGUGCGGAACGGCGCCCUCCCUCAUCGCGCGGACAGAUACUCUCUCAAAGUCGGUGCGCGCAUGGGAUCCGCCAGGUCAGGAGCCGGGGCGACGGGAGGCCCUUUGGUUACGGCGAUGUGUACGUGAGCCAGCUCCCCUCCUGCCUGCGCCUGCCGCACCGCCGCUGCCAAAACGUUCAUUGCCUCUUCGACAGCGGAGUCCUGACUGCGGCUGUUACCGCCGCGCCCGGGGCCAUUCCGCCAACCGCGACGGCCUCCAGAUCCAGCCGACUGCGGACGUGGCGGGGACGGCUCGCGGCGAGCAGAAUCCCAGCGGCGCCCAGGAGAUCCCCUCCCCUGCCUCGCCGGAGAUCGCCGCGGAGAGCGUCGCGCGGGGGAUCGCGCUGGCGGCGAACGCCUAUUUUGACCCCCGCGCCCAACAGGAUGAUGCUGAGGAGAGUGGUGAUGGGGGGAGCGAUGCCGCGCUGGAGAUCGCUGGUCGCCUGCUCCGUUACGAGGAGGUUCGCGUCGCUCAGGACAACGGCGACGAGGAGAUCGCUGCAGCGGAGUCUGACGCUGCGGGGAACGUCCGCGCCCCUGAUCCGGCUGGCCAGCGAGGCGGUUUGACGCGACCCGAGCAAAAGCCCACGAGUACUCCGGCGAGGUGGGCCGUGGGACUCCCCGAAGAGGAAGAGAGAGCCCGCGCUCAAAGCGGUGGAAGGGCUCACUUGCGGAGGGGCGCGCGGGGACACAUGGACGAGGAACGGCAGGCUCCUGCUCUUGCUGCACGCUCUCCGCUGUACCCUCCAACGCAGGAUCGUGACCCGCGGUCGGAUCCAUUACGCCCGAUACCACUGCCGCCGACGCCAGCGCAACGUCAAAGAGUGAGCGAUGUCGCCGCCGAUCCUCCAACAAGGCGCGCGGGGGCGGCAAGAGGAAGAGAAACGCGGGGAAUUCGUGUGGGACGAGGCAGCAUCCGCAGCGGACGUGGGCGCGGCGCCACGACUCAGAGAAGAGGCGCAAGUAGCUUCGCUAGAGCAGCACAGCGGGUCCUGCGGCAGAGAGCUAGGGAGGGAGGGGAGACACUUGGUGACGAUUCAGGGAAUGGCUCAGCGGGUGACCCCUCCUUUAUCCCCGAAAGGGAGGGGAGUUCGAGUCCCUCGACAGGGGAAGAAGAGGUUGACCCAGCCCAAGGAGUGGGUGAAAUUCCAACUGGGGGCCGAACCGCAUCUGCAAUUCGAACCCCUCGAAAUCGGGCCGCGAGGGGAACUCGGGCCGCGAGGGGAAACCGAGCCGCCACCAACACUGGGGUUACCACUACCCCCGACACCCCUGCACCAAUCGUCAGCGCUGACGACCUGGCCGGCCGUCAGGACCUCUUCGCUGACAUCGCCAACUGGGACCUCUGCCCCCUGCGCGACAGCAGACAGCCACCCCUCGCUCGCCACCCACCCCGCCCACUUCGCGAAUCCUUCGCAAUCUGUCUGCUGACCCCACUACUCCACCUGGCGAAAAAUCCUGACUCGUCACCUGGUUGGAAGCUGCUGAUGUUUCUCCCGCGUAUCCUGCUGCGCUCCUCGUCAGCCCGCAAACCUGACUGGAAGGCCAUGGGCGACAAACUGACGAGAUUUUGCCAAGGCCUGUGGCGUGACCUGUAUGACGAGGCAACGGACGCAGUCACCAACAACCCCCAACCACGCCACGUACCUGACACCACGGGCAAGCUGGCGAGGGCCGAGGGGUUGGCCAAAAGAGGAAACCUGGCAAAAUCUCUCCAAUCCCUGACUGCCACGCCCGUCUGCACGCCGAGCGCUGAAGUCCUUAGUGCACUCACGGGCGGAACGAGACCGAUAGCUGUGGGUGAAUGUCUGCUACGCCUCAUCGCCAAGGCGGCUCUUUUCCUAGCCGCUCUCGCGGCGCACGAGCACUUCAUCCCACUCCAAUUUGGAGUAGUGAUCGCCGGAGGCAUAGAAGCGGCGAUACACACUGCGCGCACCUACCUGGAGGAGUUCCCAGGAGCGACGGCUCUGCAGAUUGACCUGGCAAACGCCUUCCAUGCAGUUGAGCGUGCGGCAGUGUUCGAGGGACUGAAAGGCACCGCCCUCAACUUCCUCGUGCCUCUCGUCCGCCUCUCAUACGUCCGCUCAUCUGCACUCUACCUCGACCAUGACUUUGGAGCAGAGCCACUUCAGAGCGCUCGAGGCUGCGAAGCAUGGUCCGCCACCGCCUUGGAUCCCGCCACCUUACCCCCAGGCAUCAAAAUCUCCCUGGACGGUGUCCGCGUCUUAGGCAGCCCCAUUGGGCCACCCACCGGCUGUGCUGCUCGAGUGCGCGAACGCCUUUCUGCAGCAGCCGAGCCGCUACCGCUCCUCUCACAGAUGGACCCGCAGCUAUGCUUGCUACUGCUCACCCGCUAUGUGAGUCGCCGCGCCUCGUUCCUGGUCAGAGCCACACCGCUCGAGGCCCUGCCGCUAGGGGAAUGGUCCGCUUGGGGGGAAGAUCUGCUCCACACCUACCUGGCUGCCACACACACAACGAUCCCCAAGGACUGGGCAGAGAGGGACAGAAUCUGGCAGCAGGCCGCCUUGCCCGCGUCUCUGGGAGGCCUCGGCAUCACAAACCCUGCAGUGGAGGGGGGAUUUGCUUACCUGGCAUCAUACGUUUCUGCGGCCCACCUGCUGCGCUCUUUCGGCGACUCAGCAAACCCGGCUCUCACAGGACUCCUGCCGCUGAUGGAUGCUGACGGGGAGUCCACCUCCCUCCUCCCGAGACGCCUAGCUGCCUUGGAAGCCGAGCUGCCGCCAGCCGGGACUGAGGCUCUCCAAGUGGGGAGACAAAAGCCUAACGGGCCCAAGCUCCAAUAG